AUGUUUUCGCGUAAAGUGGUGUCAUUUGCCGUUAUCAAGAGCGGAUCUGUUCCUCGAGCACUCUCAACCUCUGCUGCUCGUGCUGCCGAGGGCUACUCGUUUGUCAAGUCACGCGUCGAAUACCGCAAGGAGAUUGCAUUGCUGCGUAAGGAAUUUAUAGUGGAAGAAAAGCGCCGCAAGGAAAAGCUUGCGCGUGAUGCAGAGGCUCAGCGACAGAAGAUUAUGAUGGCUAAGGCAGCUCGACUAGAAAUCAAGCGGCAGCAGCAGGGCAUUCGUGCUAAGGAGAUUGCUCGUGAGAAAGCCAUUCAUGAAGAAAAAGUCAGGAAAUAUUUUGAGGAGAAGGUGGUGGUACGUCAAAAGAGAAACGUUGAAGUUGAGCGUCGUCGCGAGGCGCUGGUGGCCUCGUUGCGUCAACAGAGUGCCAAGUGGACGACUGAGAAAAACUAUACGGAAAAGCUCAAGGAGGACAUUUUUAUCUAUUCUCCGAAGCAAAUUUCGGCUCGUGGCUCAUUUGAUCCAUCAAAUACGUCAGGUAGUGCUGUGUCGUGGCUGGAGAAACUACAGCGUAUGAAACCUGCUGGCAUGCACGAUAGCAGUGAUGAGGCCACUGCUUCCGCCGUUGCGUCAGCUGCAGACGAGAUAGCCUUUGCAUCUGUUUCAAAAUCUGUCAAUGAGGAUGAUGCAGAUUUGUCAAAGUCGACAAAGGAGGAGAAGUAA